CCACUAGAGAGGCCGUGGAGAAGGCUUCUCUCCAUCAGCCUGGCACAAUCACCUUUCCUUCUUCUCUCAAAAAGCCAGGGCCACGGGAUUCUCCACUUCAAUGUCUUAUUAAACGUGACAAGAAGAGCGGAACAUUUUACCUCUAUCUUGCUCUCUCACCGUCAUUCAUGGACAAAGGGAAGUUUCUCCUGGCAGCACGAAGAUACAGAAAUGGUGCACGCACUGAGUACAUUAUAUCUUUGGACGCUGAUGAUCUAUCUCAAGGAAGUAAAGCCUAUGUUGGAAAAUUGAGGUCGGACUUUCUUGGUACGAAUUUUACGAUAUAUGAUAGUCAACCACCACACAGCGGAGCAAAACCGUCUAGCAGUAGAUCUGGACGCCGUGUUGCAAGCAAGCAGAUUAGCCCCCAAGUCCCAGCUGGUAACUUUGAAAUUGGACAAGUAUCCUACAAGUUUAACCUCUUGAAGUCGAGGGGUCCUAGGAGGAUGGUAUGCUCGCUUGCCUGCCCAUCCUCUGAGGAAACAUCAGUUGAUAACUAUCAAGAGGAUUUGAAAAUGAAGAAGCCAGAAUCCUCCACUCCUGGGUAUACAGUUCUGAAAAACAAAGCUCCGAGGUGGCAUGAACACUUGGAAUGCUGGUGCUUGAAUUUCCACGGUAGAGUAACAGUAGCAUCAGUGAAGAAUUUUCAACUGGUUGCUACGAUGGAUCAAAGUAAACCUGAUGGAAGGGGUGAUGGUGAGACAGUACUCCUCCAGUUUGGUAAGGUAGGAGAUGAUACUUUCACAAUGGACUAUAGGCAGCCUUUGUCGGCCUUCCAGGCAUUUGCCAUUUGCCUUACAAGUUUCGGGACGAAACUGGCUUGUGAGUAAUGUCUCCUCGUGGUCAAUCAAGAAGGCUGGUUAACUAAGUUGAGAUUGUUUCAUGAUGCUGAACCCCUAAUAUAUCUUGCCUGGUCUGAUUGACGAAACACGCCAUGUACAUGACUGUGUUGCUCGAAUUGUUAUAGUAUUCAAGUUUGGAGUAAUGAUAGCAGCAGACAAUAGUGCCCCUGUACCCUGUUUUUAAAUUAGACUCCAUAAUGGUGUCGUGUAUGAAUUAUAAUCUUGAAUACCCAAAGAGUGGGAGAUUCAGGUAUUGCAGGUGAUCCUGUAAACUAAGAUUGAUAUACCAUCAUGUACCAUGGAUCACUGAAGUUAUGAUUUAUACGUUUAAGCCCAGGAUCAUCUCAUGAGUUACGCUGUAAGACUUGUAGUUGGAUUUUGAUCCCCUAUUAUACGUUUAAGUCAAGGAUUCA